UAUUCACAAGAAAAUAAUAAAUCAGUACUUUUCAUUUUUUCUUAGUUCUCGUUUACGAAACCCCAACGCAUGAAACGUUCACGCGUCAGAGGCUCCACUUUAGAAACAAGUUUCAGUUGAUCGUUCCGAGUGCUUCUUCCUCUUUUCCAGAUGAUCCUCUACGGCCGGCUUGGGAUCAAGCCAGUGUUUUGGUUAUUGGUUGACUCCAACGGCCUGUUUUGCAGGAUGUUGUGGUUCAACACAACAGUAAAGUUUGGGAAGACCUUCAUGAACGAUUAACGAAGGCAAUGAGGUUCUCAUCUCGAAUGUAUGAUGACAUAUCAAACCUCAAACAAGGUAUCCUCUCCAUCAUUGGUUAUUUCAUCAAAUUCCUGGUGCAUUGUGAAGAAAUGGUCAUCCUUCAUCCCACACACCUUUGUGCUCACAAUUUCUCGCGAUGGAGUUGUUGCAUUUGUUGGUUUGCUAGUGCCGCUUCAACUCUACUGGCUCUUGCUGCUCAGUCCACCAUUAGAAGGAAGAAAUGUCUGAUUUUCACUCGUUGUGGAGCUAUUGGUCACGCCAUCGAUCAUAGUUGAUUCUCAUAUAGGACAACGUAACAAAAUUAAACGAUUAGUUAGCAAUGAUGAAACGGAUGUUAAAUCGAGUGACUUCUAAUGCAAUAUAACAAAUUUUAGACGAGAGAUUAGCUUUUCUCUGGAGAUUGACAUUCCACCAUGGGGGAUUUUUCCAAAAGUAGCACUGUUUAAAAAAAAAUUCCAAAAAUAGCACCCAACUCCGAAAAAUUCCAAAAAUAGCACCCUUUCUGCAAAACCGCCACCCGUACCAGCGGUUUAGGCGAAAACCGCCACCCGGGGGUGCGUUUUUCGAUGAAAACCGCACUGGCAUGGGGCGGUUUUACAGACCGCACCCCCACCAUGCGGGUUGGUUGCAGAUCGCACCCCCACCAUGCGGUUUGGUUGCAGACCGCACCCCCACCAUGCGAUCUGUUUUUUUUUUAAAAUCCUAACCUAGGUGGAAACUUCAAACGAACGUAUCUUUGUGUUCGGGUAUCCGAUCGUCGCGAAUUUUUUUUGAUUCCGCAUAACUUUUCGAGAUCUUGCAAGUCGAAGACUGCCGAAGGUGGUGUGGUCCCACCUUCGUCCCAAAAAAUGUCGUUUGCUACCCCAAACGAGCUUUUUUCCGAUUUCGUCAAACUUUGGACAAAAAAUGUCGGCGUUCCAUACGCUCUCUCCCUCUAACUUUUUAACAAAAUCGAAAUGAAAUAAAAAUUUCUCACUCUAUUUUCUCUCUCUCUCUCUCUCUCUCUCUCUCUCUCUCUCUCUCCCUUCCUUACCGUUGCCAACGGCCACUCUGCCCUUUUCCCCCCUUCUCUUCCUCACCGUCCCCAUGACCUCCAUUAACCCAAUCUAAAACCCUUCACACUCUCACCCACAGUUUUACCUUCACUCUUCCAAGUUCCCCUCUUUCUUCUUCCUGCUGGCCGAAUUCAGUUUCAUCAUCCUCCUCCACGUCACCCUCCAAUGGCGGCUCUGGCGCCGGGAAUCCUGUCCAAGCUUCUUGAAGGAAUGAACACCGGGACGAAACCCACUAGCGAGCACCGGAGCUCGCUCCUCCAGGUCACCGACAUCGUCCCCGCCGACCUGGACGAGAAAUCCCUCUUCCCCAAACAUGGGUUCUACAUCAAAGUCUCCGACUCCUCGCACUCCAUCUACGUCUCCCUGCCUCCCGAGCAGCACGAUUUCGUCCUCAGCAACAAGAUGCAGCUGGGUCAGUUCAUCUACGUCGACAGGCUGGAGCCGGGGUCGCCGGUCCCGGUCGUGAAAGGCGCCAAGCCGCUCCCCGGACGGCACCCGUUGAUGGGGACGCCGGAGCCGUUGAUGGGUCUGAGAGGGAAAGGGGAGAGGAAAGAAAGCAGCAACCAGGUCAAUUUCCAGGUUAGGGCUUCCGGUAAUCGGAGAGGUUCUUGGGGAAUUGGAGGAGGAGGAGACGAUCAUCGGAAUCAAUUUGGUUCCCCGAUGGCGUUGAAACCGGUUCCGUUGGAUUUCGAUCAGUGUGCAACGCCGGCGAAACAGAGGAUGAGCUCUGCGAAGAAGCCGUUGAUGUCUCCGAUGAUAAUGAGAGGGAGAUCGGUGAUUAGCAAAGACGGGUGCGAGAGCAACAGCGGAUUUCGAUGCUCGCUAGGCGGCGGAUUGCUGUCGAAAAUGGCGGAUAAUCCCAAGUUGGCGGCGGCGGAGAGCCCCUUGCUGAGGAAGAGCUGCGCGGCGCCUUCUUCGGCUUCCAAGUUCCCCAGGAGUCGAAGCGUUUGCGGCGAUCGAGACUCCAGAAUCCCGAUUAGCAGCCCCUACAUCUCAUCUGGGAAGAAAAGCUCGACGUCGCCACCGAGUAUGAGGAACGCCAAAGUAGUGGGUUCCCUGAAAUUGGGCUGCGGAGAAACACAAAACUUGUCCACCACAAAUGCUGCGGCGGAGCAGCAAUCUCAGUCCGUUAAUUCGGUCUACGGCAGCCCGGAAACCAGUCUUCCGAUGAGUCUGCCGGGAAAGCUAAGCACGCUCGGGAAGGAAGCAGUGCAGCAGAGGGAAACUGCUUAGAAGAUGGCUCUCCAGGCAUUGAGAGAGGCUUCUGCUACUGAAACAUUAGUCCGAUCUCUCAGGUAAGUAAUGACUAAUGAACUGAUUCCUUUCUGUUUGAUUCCAGUUCUGAAUUUCUAAAGGGUUGGGGGUAAAUUCGUUUGCAGAAUGUUGUCUGAUUUGACAAAAUCAG